AUGUCUGUCCAACCUGUCUUGAAGUAUCAGAUUUUUGCUUGNAACUGCCCAUGCCCGAGAUGUCUUGUUAAUAGCUUACUUAACCUGUACAUCUCUUUAUUCAGAAGAGGAGAAACUCGCUCUCUCCCAUCCUCCUUACAGGCUACUACUACUAAUGUAUCAAUAGCUUCAUCUACUUCGUAUGAUAAUUUUAUGUCUAACACAUUCCAUUCUACUCCAAGGCCUCUGCCUUAUGAUGCUGAUCCAAGAUACUUUCGGUCAAGGCGUGAUUCGCUUGUCUCUAGACGCGAUAAGGGUUCAAGUCAUUCUCAUGAGGAAGCUGAGCCAUUAAGAAGUGAUACUGAUUUUGAUUCUGAGUCUUUCUCAGUGGAAGGAAGCAAAUGGGCUAAUAAUAAGCUUAUUAUCUCUGGUGAAGAUUCAAAAGAAGAGUUCUCUAAAUCCACUCGAAGGAUUCUUAAGUCAAAGACAAUGGCUACUGGUGAUGAUGAAGGCAUGUAUAUUACAUCUGAUGAUGAAGAUGUCUGUCCAACCUGUCUUGAAGAAUAUACAUCAGAGAACCCGAAGAUUGUUACAAACUGUUCUCACCAUUUCCACCUCAGCUGCAUUUAUGAAUGGAUGGAGAGAAGUGAAAACUGUCCUGUUUGUGGAAAGGUGAUGGAGUUCAACGAAACACCGUAACUUGUUACCAUUGAUCCUGUCUUUUACUGUCUAAACUGAAACUGGGAAGAUUGACAAGGCAGCAGACAGAUGUGCAAAUUAAUCUGUUGAUCUGUGAAUACUUUUUAUUUACAAUUUAUGGUAGAUAUAUGGAAAUGAGGAAUUGUCUCUGCACAUUUGGCUAAUGGAGUUAUGAGGAAAAGCCCUCUGGAGAGAAAACAACAGCAGCAGCAAAACACAGGCACACAGGAAUCUGACAUGUUUCUCAAGAUUUGCUUAUGGGGCAGUGUUUUGUUUUUUUUUACAUCAACAUUUUGUAUGAAUUACUUAACCCUUUUAUUAAUAGUAUACAUGUGAGGUUUUCAAUGGGUCAAGAAGAGAUCCCAGUGUAA